AUGGCUGCUCAUGCCGCUGAAAGGAUCGCUGUGCUCAUUGGCAAAUUCGUUUGCGAGGACGUGGGGCUUUAUGAGUUCGUGAGACAGAACCCGAGUUUCCUUGAGAAGAAAGUUGUGGACGGGAAGAAUUUGCUGCAUCUCGCUGUGCAAUCGGAUGACGUUGAGCUCGUUGAGAAAAUUCUUGACGCGGGGUUUAAUAAGGUUUUACAUACUAUGGUGGUGAACGAGCCUGACGACAACAAGUAUUGGACGCCGUUGAGUUAUGCGGCUUUCCAGCGGAAUGUCGACCUCGUCAAUUUGUUGCUCGCAGCUGGCGCGAACCCGAGCAACGGCGCCCCGCUCUUAUUCGCGUGCCAAUACGACGAGGCGUGCGCGGCGCGGCUCAUGGAGGCCGGGGCGGACGUGAACGACAUGUACGCCGAAACGGGGGAAACUUGUUUGCACGCCGCCGUGCGCGGCGGCCGACUCUGGGUCAUACACCAGUUGCUGCAUCAGGGCGCGGAUCCGACGCGAACGGACGCCAACGGCGUCACACCGUCUGCACUGGCGGCCGAGUUUGACAAUCCCGACUUGGCGGCCUUGCUGCGGAAGGCGGAGCAGACUUGGCCGCAAAUGCGCGAAAAGUUGCGGAUGCAGAGGGCCAAGUUGCAGGAUGAACGCGUCAAGAGUCUGUUGCCGGCGAAGCAGUCCGUUUACCCGUUUGGUAGAACUCUUUUUGUCGUCAACAAGAGGCGUCCGAACGACCAGCUCUUGCCAAAAGUUCACCGGUGGUCUGUCGUGGAAAGUUCACAUCAUCCAAAUAUCCUCAAGGUCAAGAAUGCUCUUGAUGAAAAGUGGCACUAUCUAUGCAUAAUGUGCAAUAAUUACACUACUCCAAGAAAAAGCAACAUGGAUCGUCACGUGCGGAUUCAUUUCCGGGAUUAUCCGCUCGAUCGUCGAUUUCGUCACGUCCGCGUUCCUCAAGAAGAGCCCCUUCAGAGCGAUUUCAUCUGGAAACAUUGACGACGUUUGGCGACUUUUCCCAGAAAAUUUCGGCUCUAUGUUCCUGUCAUAAUUUUAAAUAAACACGUGCGUCGCGCAAGUUGUUGACAAAAAUUGUUCGGUGAACAGAGUAUUCUAGUUGGUUUUUUUUCCACUUUGUGUUCAUGCGGACGAAGCGUGGUCUGCGUUAUCUCAGUUGUUUUUGUUUCUUUUCAGCGGGAUUCGUGGCUUGUGUUCAGCCGGUCGUUGUAUUUCUUGUCAAAGGUUCAUUCAGCGGCAUCCAGUCCGUUUGCUCUUGAUCUUAAGAAAAGGAUAUAAUACUUAUAAUCGAAUCUUCACGUGUGCCACAUAAGUACUGAAUGGGCAGUGAGUGAAUAUGGGUUGAGAAUAUGAAUUUUGGCACUUGAUCACUUUUCAAGAGUUCACGAGGGUUAUUUGUGAUGCAUUCCGAUGUUCAAUGCUGUACCUAUAUUAUGGUCACCGUGACCAACGGGACGAACAGGGCACGAAGAGUGUUGAAGAUAUAGUUUUUCUAUUGGUUAACUUAAAAUCAUUUGAAAUAAAUCAGGAUCGUGAUCAGACUAGUCGAUCGAACCUGAUUCAUAUUUCAAUUCAUGAUAUUUUAGCGCAUGAAGCAUAGUUUUGUGGAUUCGAAUUUUGCUUCAUGUUGCCUGAGAUGAUACUAAAAACGACCGUUGGGUUUCGCGCGCAAUUAUUUACGGUAUUUCGAAAUUCCAUUGGAGUUUACUUGUACUGUAUAUGUGAAUUUGAAUUCUAAAACUAAUUUACCAAUUUUUCAGAAAUCCGUCGUUGUUUCUUUAUUAUUAACAGAAAUCAAUCGCAUUUGAAAUUAAUUCCGUUGCGAAGUUCAGGUUGUGAGUGUUGAGAAUUUUGCCGGAAAUGAAUAAAGCUUCGUGGAUUGCGGCGCAGAGCUUUUCAUGAAUUAUUCGACCCUCCGCGGUGUGCACCUGUCGGGGAAUUUUAUUCGUUUCCAGGUGUAUUGUGCUAAUACUGUACAUCGCCUAUCGCGAAUAUACUAACAAUUGGGGAUACUUUUCGAAUGAUUCGGAUUCAAUGGGCGAGCUGUUGAAAAAAAAAUUGCGUGGUUCUACACUGAAUGAUGAGAAAUUGGUUGACAAGAGCAUCCGAAUUCAACGGACGUGACUUUCUACUGAUGGAGCUAAAAUUGCUUAAAAAUGAAACGUGG